CUUAUUCUUGCAUCCUAGAGCUUUUGCAGUAAGAAAAAAAAAAACAAGUUAAAAUAAAAAAUACUGCUCUAGCUUUUGGAAUAUAUUCCUUUUAAAUCUCAAUAAAAAAACCUAUAAAAAUGGCACGUCAAUUUGUCACAUUGGCCCUAUUGGCUUUAACCGUGGCCACCGUUUUCGCUGCUGACGCUCCCUCAGCCUCUCCCCAAAAAUCUCCAUCACCCACCACUGCCCCAACCAAGGCUCCCACCACACCAACCAAAGCUCCGGCCGCCGCACCUAAGUCAACCUCAGCUUCUUCACCCAAAGCAUCUUCCCCUGCUGCAGAAGGACCCGCUGCUGAGGAUGACUACUCCGCGGCUAGUCCCAGUGAUUCUGGCGAGGCACCCACCGACUCUGCUGCCUCUCCUCCGGCUCCCACACCCGAUAGCACAUCCGCCGAUGGACCAAGUGAGGCAGAGGCACCAAGUAGCAGCGCCGUGACCACCGUCAAGCUCUCUGUUGCCGGCACUAUCAUCACCGCCGUUAGCUUCCUUUUCUUUUCUCUCUAAGUUAAAAGGAGUUCAAGUUUUGUUUCAAGGGAUUACCAUACAAUUUUUUGAGAUGAGGCCGUAAAUGUAUACGUUUAUAAAUCGAGGUUUAUUGGAGUUAAUAAAAACUUAACUAUCUA